CGAUGAGAGCAACUUUCAAACUUCUAAGACAGUUUUACGUUAAAAUUAUUAGCAUUAGUGUUUUAGAAGAAGGUAGUUCUAUAUAAAUUUAAUGGAAAUGUUAUUUAUUGACUAUAAGAGGGUGAUUUUACUGAUUUAUCUUAUUUUAAACACACGUGUGUCGGUUUUAAUGGGUUGAGUACUUGAAAGUUUACAAUUUCGAAAUGGACGUGUCUGGAGAGGAAAUAAGUGUGCCAAUAAAAGAAGAUGAAGAAUACUCGUUAAAUAACUUGAAGCGAUGUUCGUAUAGGUUUUUGCAGCAAACUGCGAAGGCUUUAUCACUUCCUUCUAACGUUAAGAAAGUAUAUUUGGUGGACUUGAUCCAUACUAAGAAGUACAGGAGUCCACAGGAAGUUGAUCUUCUUGUUAAGAAAGUACGUCUAGAACGUAAUCAGAGUUCAAUGGUACGUAAGAAGGCUAAACGCAGAAAGAAACAUGUUCAGAGCAUGGAAGUAUCCUCAACAAGCAACAGCACAUCACCACCGAUAACUAGUACACCAAAAAGACACGUACUGGUAACACAUUACAGUCCGGAACAAAACUCUCCGUUAAAAUACCCACAGACGGCAUCAAGAAUAGUUCCAACAAACAGUAGUGACCGAGUACUACGUAGCUUUAACCGAGUCAAGAAACCAAGUUACUUGGUUAACAAUACUAUCUUUGGGUUUAUCAAGACUGGAACGGAAGCAAGGAAGGAGACCAGGGUGAAUAUUGUGAAGGAGAAGUAUAGGAAGUUUGAUAGGAUAUGUGUUACGAAGAGUGCUGCGAGUUGGAAGAAUGAUCAGGAGGUGUUGACGCAUAGGAGUGUGCAAACAUCUCCCCGCCCGAAACUAAGAAUACAACGUCGCAUCAGCGGCAUAUACCCCCUAAACAACGAAAUACCGAACGUAACAAUCCGAAGAGCUGACGGUACCCUCACAAAGCUCAACGCUAUCAUACAAAAGCAAGCACCAAACUACAACCGACAAGAAAUCAUUAAUGACAUCAGAAAUUCUCCAUUACUCUCCAUUGAACCAAGACCGGUCUCACCAGAACAGAAUUAUCAACAACGACCCGUACAACAGAAUUUGUACACUCCAGAUUUAAAUAGUAAUUGUUAUAAAGAAAAUGAUGUUUACUCGGAAUACUAUCAUAAGAAGAUCCGGGCUGAGCAGGUCCGGUCUAGGAGAGAGUCGGUAAUGUGUGAUAGUGAGGGCACGCUACCGAGAAUCAAUGAGGUGUUCAGUAACUUUAAUAAUAUGUAUUAUAAUGAUCUGACGCAGCCAAUCUAUGUGCAAGUACAUGAGCCUGAAAUUGCAUCAAUCCCCAUAUACAUAUCGGACCCGUGCCUCCAACACCAGGGCCCCAUUAUACUAGAGAAGUUCUACAAUCUAAAGAACAUCAUGUUAACGAGCCAGCCGCCAAUACGCAGAACUACGACAAAGACCAACACUGUAUUCAGUACACCACUUAUAGUUACACCCUUGCAUGUUGCUUACAGCGCGGUGCAGCCCUCCCCGCCAGUGCGCAACAACUAUGACACUGCUUCGAUGGCGGAUAGCCAGCAGUACACAGACCCGGACCAAGAGACACCUCGGGUGCAAGACUUCUUUAGAAACUUUCGAUGUCAAGAGGAACAAAUGCACGAUUCUUCUGUAGCAGACUUCAGGUGUUCAUCAGAAGAGACCCUGACUUACCAGGAGCUUGGAGCCAUCUCCCUACCUGAGAAACAGAUGGUGGAAGAUGCUUUAGAACUGAUCAGUCAAGAUGGGGAUUAUAUGGAGCGAAUUGGUAUGGAUGAGAAGAUGCAGUGCAUACUUUGUGACUGGGCUGGACCCAGGUUCAUUCUCGAAUUUCAUAUUAGAAAGGAACACGCAUCAGAUAUACUCCCCUGCUGUCGUCCAGACGUAAGCAUCACGUACUCUCUAGGCCGGCUGGCCAGCAGUCGCCGCUGGCUCGCGCGCCUGCUAGACCACGCAGGAGCCUUGUACGUACUCCUAGCCAAGUACGAAGACCCAGAUUGUUUCAUGGCGGCGCUAGCGACGCUAUCGGAACUGGAUACGCUAAAAUCAGGUAGCAUGACAAUCUACAACAAAGUCACAGGCGAACCAUAUACUUGGAAAGGCGAAAUCUCCGAACUACCAUUCUCCAUGGACUAUGACCUAGAUCUAGACUGUUUCAAGCUAGAACUUUCUAGAAUGGAUCUCUUACCUAACAGCGCUAACUUAAGACUGUUAAAUAGGGAAUUAGUUAUAGAUUCGUCGAGUAAAGUCGUUGUGGGGCAGCCCGAGUUAGAUAAUAUAAAUAUCAGCGUUAUUGUUAAUAUUUUUUAAAUGAAGAUAUUAUUUUUUAUGUCUUUUAAAGGUUCAUCAGUAACAGAAUUGUAUCCGCUGAAUCUCUCAAAGUACGCGCUUAGGCUAACUGCGGAGAACACUUCGGUGAUAGAUAAAAAAAAAUACCUAGUAGUAUUUAGUAUUCAAUUCAAUCUGACAGAUGUUUUCACCUGUCAUAUUUGAAGUCAAGUUUUGUUAGCGACUGUUAAUCUAUCUGAUGACUAAUC